CUUUAGUCAAACCUGAGUCAGUUUGAUGCUCUAAACCUGCUGCUCCACUCUGUUUUUCUAGUGUGAGCUGAUGGAGCCCACAGGCCAGUCUCCGAGCGCUGAGGACGAAAUGAGAUCUGCUGCAUGUGGACUGGUGUGUGAGUGGGCUCAAAAGGUCCUGAGUCGUCAAUUUGACAACGUGGAGGAUCUGGCUCGCUUCCUGCUCAAUAGUCACUACAUUGGUACAAAGUCCAUGGCUGCACUCACUGUUAUGACCGGAACACCCACAGGAAUGAAGACCCCAACUCCAGCCUCUGCCUUUGUGCCCACUGCUGAGGCAAACGCAUUCCAGCCCCAGGUGAAGACCCUUCCAUCUCCCUCGGUUGACGCAAAGCAGCAAUUGCAACGCAAAAUCCAGAAGAAGCAGCAGGAGCAGAAGCUGCACUCCCCCCUGCCUACAGAGGCCCAAGUCAAGCGGACAGAGGCCAGUACCCCCGGACCCACCAUCCCCUGCGGCAGCCCCGCUCUACUAUCCCCUCAGCCCACUAUAGGAAUCGUUGUAGCAGCUGUCCCCAGCCCAGUCACGGUACAGAGAACCAGGCAGAUAAUGACCUCACCUAGCCCUGUGGGGACAGCAGAAGGAAAAGUGUUGCCUGUGAACUUUCAAGUUGUCACCCAGUCUCUCAAACAGUCCCCAAAAACUCCUCAGAACAUCCCAGCUAGUCCUGUAGGUGACCGGCUGGUACGGCACGGUACGCGGUAUGCCCAGAUCCUGCCCAAGCCCUCUGCCACUAGUGCCAUCACGCUGCGCUCUCCACCCACCCUGCUCAUCACCAACAGUCCCAUAAAAACCGUGAUGCCCUCUCCCCAUGUCAGCUCAGUGAACGUUGUGAAGAUGACAGCUAUUGCUUUGGCUCCUAGCAGCAGCAGCAGCACAACUGUGCGACCAGCCUCGACAGGCGUGAGUACCUUGGCUGCGUCAGACGAUUCCCAGCAGUCACAGAGUGGAGGUUCAGCUGCCCCCCAAUCUCCUGUAGUCAAACUCUGUGCAGCAGCCUCCACCCCAGUCCUCUCUGCAGACACUAAAGCGGUGUCUGAAACUGGAAAUAACAACAGCUCCACAUCUGUUGCAGAGAAACAUGUCGGUGGAGCCAAAGAGGAGAGAGUGGCCAAAUUCAGGGCUGCGAGUGAGCCAAGCUUCCUUGUUAAGUGUUCUCCAGGACCAGAAAAAGUGGUUAGGAUGAAAAUUGACUCCACGUCCCCUCCCACCGCUACAACUAGGACACAGGACAGCAAUAACAGCAACUGCCAUGACAGUACUUUGUACCUGACUGUUGAUAAUCAGAACUCUAAUGGCAACUCAUCGUCCAGUGGCUCGUCUGCUGUUACCCCGAUGUCGAAGGAUCCCUGUCUAGAUGCCAAGAGUCCUAGGAAACGCACGGCUGGGGAAUCCCAUGUCAUCCCUGUUAAGAGGGUGUUUAUCUCCCAACAACCACUUGCUGUAGUUGACAAUCCCAAAGCUGGGGUCAGUGCUGCGUUGAAGAGGAUUCCCAGACCCGGAACCCCUGCUAGACCAGAGAGUGCCCCCUGCAAAGGGACUGCGAAACACACACCUACAGGGCCCACACAGAUUCUUGCACUCACUGACGCUCCCCUCACCCAUACAGAGGGAACGCAGACGGUCCUCAAACAGCAGGAUGUGCUGGUGAAACAUGAAGACCCUUCCAUCAGCGUGGGUACAAAUGUUGGAGCAGCUGGAAACAACACAUCUGAUCAGGCUUUGCUGCAGCAGAUCACUGGGGACCCUCGUGCCAUACCAGCCAACUCAGGACCACACGAAGCCUCUGUGAGCGAGCUAAAGAGCACAAUAUGGGAGACACAGCAGAUACCAGCAGAACACAAACAAGCCUCUUCCAACCAACUUUCCAUGAUAGCUCAACCUUCUGAGGCCUCGGACCAGUUGAACCUUGCACAGGAAAUGGUUGACUUUGCAGGUUCCCAGUCCAACAUGGACUAUUUCCCGUUCAAUGACGACGACAUGACCCAGGACAGCAUCGUCGAGGAGCUGGUCCAAAUGGAGGAGCAGAUGAAGCUCAAGGGUUUGUUUGGUAACUGCGUGGAUGUGUCCCUUCAGAGUCAGUCGACUAACGGUCAAGGUUCAAUCCUCAGUGCUCAUCAAGCCAAUUCCACCUUCUACCACUCUGCCCACAGCAGCACCACCCCUGUUCAAACUCCCACUCCAACACCAACGCCUACCCCGACACCAACGCCCACCUCCGAAAUGACACUUGUGCACAGUCUGACAAGGGAGAGCCCCUGCUCCCGUAUGGCCCCCAUCACCCCAGUGGAUGGAGCUAUGGGUCGUCACACACCCAUCAGCACGCCCCUGUCCAACUGCAGCAGCAGUGUUCCCCCAAGCCCAGUGGAGUGCAGAAACCCUUUUGCUUUCACUCCCAUUAACUCUAGCAUCACCGGGUAUCAUGACGCCAGCAUCGUUUCCAGUAGCCCCGUUAAGCCGAUGCAAAGGCCCAUGGCGACACAUCCUGACAAAGCCAAACUGGAGUGGAUCAACAACCGCUACAACAGCACCUCUGCUGGUCCUUUGUCCAACCAUAGCAUUGGCAUUCUGCCCAGCUACCAAGACCUGGUAGAUGAUCAGUUUCGUAAGCCUCAUGCAUUUGCAAUUCCUGGCCAGUCAUUUCAGUCUCAGUCGAGACAGGACGCUGCUCACUUCGGCCGCUUAACACCAAUUUCUCCAGUACAGCAGCAGCAGCAGAUAACAAGUGUAACUACUCCUACCAAACAGGAGAGUUUUGCAGUGCCUGCACCGUUAGACAACAAGGCUUUAACCUCAUCCACGUCCAGUACUUUUCGUUGCCGCAGCGUUAGCCCUGCUGUGCGGCAGAGGAACUUCAGCGGAAACACUGCUCCUCCAACCACCACCACGAGCACUACGACAACCACUCGAGCUGUGGUCUCACCCUUUAACUCCCCCAUCACAUCUGAGGUGCUCAGUAUCCUGUCCAACAGUCAGGCUGUCAGUUCUGUCCAUAGCAUGGUCCAGCGUAGUCAGUCUGUACCUCUGAACAUCAUGAUGCAGAGUGAGAUGCUGCCUGUGCAGGGUCAGAGUAACACAUCCAAGAUCACCAACGUUCUGCUCAGCAAGAUGGAAGCGGAGGGUGACGAUUCUGUCCGCGGUCUGGGCAUCAACAACCUCCCCUCCAACUACACGGCCCGUAUGAACCUCACACAGAUCCUGGAGACCACUUCAAGCUUUGCAGGAGGAACUGCACAUCAGACUCAGUUGCCUGUCAGUUCCAGCCCUGCUGCCUUUGAGCUCCAGCAGCACGGCUACCUCACCACUAGCAGCGGAGAACAAGUGAAUUUCUCCACUGGGGACGGUCAAGCACAAAUGGGUUCUGGUGAGCAAGACCAGCACCAGCAGCAGCUCCAAGAGGAUCCUGUGCAGACACAACCGCAGCUCCUCCUCCAGAGCACACAGCAGCAGGAUGUGGAGGACGAACAGCAACAGAUUGAUUUCAACAACACUGUCAAGGACUUGCUGGGGGAGGAUAGCCUCAACCCCAGUUCUCAGCUAGUAGGUCAGGUAGCUUCGGAGCUCAACGCCGUGGCGUCUGACUUUUCAAGCGACAUCAGACUGACCUCAGAUCUGUCCAGUAGCAUCACUGACCUUAAUACAUUGGACCCCAACUUGCUGUUUGAUCCCAAUCAGCAGCAGGAACAAUAUGAAGACUCGACACUGGAAGAACUGAAGAACGACCCCCUUUUUCAGCAGAUAUGCAGUGAUACUGUGAACUCUGGCUUCGACUGGCUAGAAAGCAAAGACCAGCCUACUACAGUAGAAAUGCUGGGUUAAGUUUUAUUCUGUAUAAUUUCUGUUCUCUGUCGUUUGGG